CCGAAUUGUUGAUCAUCUCAAACAGCAUUACCAACAUGGGGCGCGACAAGAAGAUUGCGAACGCCGUCAAGCGUGGCCAGGUCUUCAACAAGACCCGCCGCGAGAAGGCUCAGGACAAGCUAAAGCGCCGCAUGGAGCAGCGUAAGCUUGAGACGGCCGAGGGAGGCGACGAGAUCCGGCGUGAGCGUCUAGAGAAGAACAUCCCCCGCACUAUCGACAACACUCGCAUCUACGACGGCACAUCAUAUCUCACGGCGGACCCCGCGACUCUGCGUGCAGCCGAGGAGCGUGCCGCCGAGGCAUCGCGCCUCGUCAACGCGCCCGCCGAGCCAAUGGACGAGGACGAGGAAAGUGAUGAUGAGGAUGAGGACGAGUCAAAGGCUGGUCCUUCCGGGUCCCAAGCUGAGGCAGCGGAUGAGGACGGCGACGAGGACGACGACGACGACAAGGAGGCCGAAGAAGAGACCGAACAGAAGCAGAAGGAGCCGGAGCCGGUGCACUCAGCCCCACCUCGCAUCCUAAUUACCACGUCACCCGGUCCGUCCAAGCCGACAUACCACUUCUGCGACGACCUGAAGAGCAUCUUCCCAGGAGGGGAGUUCUUCAAGCGCCCCAAGGGGCGUGGGUUCGAGCUUGGCCGCGUUGCCCGCUGGAGCGCGAAGCGUGGAUACAGCGCGGUGAUCGUCAUCAACGAGGACCACAAGAAGCCCAAUGCGCUCACUCUCAUCAAUCUGCCAGCAGGCCCCACAGCGUAUUUCAAGUUGAGCAGCGUCCAGCUCGGUUCUGAGAUCCACGGGCACGGCCGUGCAACGGCACACAACCCUGAACUCAUCCUCAACGGCUUCACGACGCUCCUUGGUAACUCUGUUGGCGGGAUGUGGGCGCAGCUUUUUCCGCCAAUGCCGCAGUUCCGCGGGCGUCAAGUCGCGACAUUGCACAACCAGCGCGACUUCCUGUUCUUCAGGCGACACCGCUACGCUUUCACCUCUCCAACAUCCGCCAAGCUGCAGGAGAUCGGGCCCCGUUUCACGCUUAAGCUGAGGUGGCUGCGGAAGGGCUUGCCGUCGGUGCGAGCGGGCGACGGCCGCAUGCCAACCGGUGGCGACAAGUCUGCAGAUGACGAAUUUGUCAUCGACGAUGACGAGGAGACGGCCGAGCAGGAGCGCAAGGACGAAGAGGAGGCUGCCGCCGCCAUGAACAAUGGCGAGGCGACACCGAGUGGGCAACCGAUCCCGGCGCUCGAUGAGGAGCAGGAGUACGAAUGGAAGUGGAAGCCCAAGAUGGAGGUAUCGAGGAGGACAUUCUUCCUCUAGGUUCCGCGUCGCACUUCGAGACAUGGAUAGAUUCAGGUGUAGGCAUCGAUUUCAGCAUAUGCAUUGUAAUACCACGGA